AGGGGGCCAAAGGUGGUAGAUGCAUGAGCCGCAAACACCACAACCCAAAACAAUAACUUCUAUUUUUUUUUUUUUGGCAAUACCGAAGAGGGGAAAAAAAACCCUCCAGAACUAUAUAAGACUGACGACACUCGUCACCUUCUUCCGGCUCAGACCUCAAUUAUUCCUUUCUCGCUCAGAUUCUCUCUCCUGGGAGAAUCUCUCUCUGGGUUUUCUUCGAACCAGUCCGCUGUUUCUUUCCCUCUUUCGAGGAUCGAAGCAACGAGAGUGAAAGCCGUAAUGGUGAGCCUCCGAAGGCGUCGGCUAUUGGGCCUCUGCUGUGGACCAAAUGGCUAUGUGACCCCACUUCCGUUUUUAACCGCGGAGGAGUAUAUCACCGGAGUUCGAAAUCCCGAUGCAGAAGUUUAUAAAAAUCGUGGGCCAAUAGAAGGAACUAUACAGCCAAGAGAGGAGCCUGAGGAGAAAUCCACUGUCGAAGAAGUGUUAUACCUUCCCAGCCAGAUAACUCCUGCCAAAGUAAAGCCCGUCUCACCGGGUGAUUCUGGCUCCUUAUCCAUGUUUGCAGUUGCUGACCCACCGAUCAAGCGUAGAAAGCGUCACAGAAGAAAGCAGGUGCAAAACCAGGAACCGUGUUUGAUGAGAGGGGUCUACUACAAGAACAUGAAAUGGCAAGCUGCCAUAAAAGUCGACAAGAAACAGAUCCACUUGGGCACAUUUUCUUCCCAAGAAGAGGCUGCUCGUUUAUAUGACAGGGCUGCUUUCAUGUGCGGAAGGGAGCCGAACUUUGAGCUCUCAGAGGAAGAGAAGCGAGAACUUCAAAUGCAGAGCUGGGAGGAGUUCUUGGCAAACACUCGGCGAACAAUCACUAACAAAAAACCCAAGAGAAGGGUCGAACCGAGUCCCGUGAAAACCUCAAGGCCCGCAACUGCGUUGGGCGAGUUGGCGGUGGACGAGAAGAGCAAUCCUAACGACGUUUCUUGUUCAGACGGCAUUGAGAAUGGCUCGUUCUCGUCGUGAAGAACAGAGUUUUUAACCAUUCCUAAGACAUUCCGUGACUAUCAUCAAGCAAAGCAUAUCUUGAGAUAAACUUGCAGAGGAUCAUCAUCAUCAUCAUCAUCAUCAUCAGCCUAGUAUAGAGGUAAAGCAAUUAUACUCAUACGGUGAGGAAUAAAGAAAGAUGGGUAACUGAAAAGCUACCAUUUUUCAAAAUGUAUGAUUGAAGCUCCUAUUUUGGGCAAAGAGAUUUUAGACUUUGCCUACCUUUUGGUAGUUAUAUCCUUAUUCAGACACUGACCCUAUAUAUAGGGGAAAACCUCAACUACAUUGAUUCAGACAUUGACCUAUAUAUAUAUAUAUACACAUACAUGUACUCAUUAAGGACAAUCUCAAAUAUAUUUUUCU